AUAUAAACCCACCGCGCCCCUCUAUCCGGACUACGUCAAAAUUUACAGUUGUCCCAUCCAUCUACCACAACAACCUACCUAUCAUUAACAUGCCUCGUCAACGCCGUGGUGCCGCGCCGACUCCGGCUCGCAGCGCUCCCACCAGACCUACUGCCGCUCCUCCGCGCCCAGCUGCUGCUCCCCAGCAGCAGCAGUACCAGCCUCACUCGACAGCUGCUCACCCGUCCCAUGGCCAGCAGCAUGCUCCUGCCCCGCCUCAAGCCCAGCAGAGUCAAGGUCCUGGUCUCUUCGGCCAGAUGGCCUCGACCGCAGCUGGUGUCGCAGUCGGUUCCUCCAUCGGCCACGCCAUCGGUGGUAUGUUCGGUGGCUCCAGCGCCCCUGCUGAGCCGCAGCAAGCCGCUCCCGCCGACUCCCAGCCCAUGGACAACGGUCUAUGGCAAAGCAACGCCGCUACCCAGUCCUACGACAACGCCCCUUGUGCUACCGACAUCAAGAGCUUUCGUCAAUGCAUGGAUGACCACCGGGGUGAUAUGAGCAUUUGCGGUUGGUAUUUGGACCAGCUGAAAGCUUGUCAGGCUGCUGCUAAGCACUACUAGAUUGGGUGAAGUUGCGAUUUUUGCAGUUUGUGCUUUUCAGUUGUGAGAUACACAUAGAUAUCCAGCUACGGUGCUUUGCAACAAUAUUGGGAUGUUGAUAUGAUUUGUAUUUGUAUAGCGGCAUAAUGUCCUCUCAUGUAUAUCACUGAGGAUUUGUAUUUUAUUAUUUGAUGCGUCUGAUGGCUCUGCCUAUUCUUAUGCGAUAUAUGAAAGACAGAAUCAAGACAAGGAACAAUCUCCACUCCAAUUUGCAAGCAUUUUCA